GCGAAGCCCCGCCAGAGUAGGAAGUUUGCACGUCCGUAUUGGUUAUUGUCAAACCAGUAUAAAUCCGGCGGUCAGUCACCAAACUACUCCAAUACCGCGCUCCGCCAACACCGUCUCCCUCUGCCCCGAUUCAAUUCUCUUUCUAUUUCUACCAUGCCAUCCCGUUCGCGGCCAACUAGCGUGCAACUCCCUCGUACUCUCGAACGACCAUCAUCGUCCAAAGUCUCACGUGCCGCGCUACUAGCAGCAUCUCCUGAUCUCGGCCUUCUGUCGGUUGAAGAUAUUCGUAAAAACCUCCUUCAAAAUGCUACAUUAAUGUUAGCAGGCACCUCGAACCUCUCCCCAAGUCAUCUUCCGACUGCACUUUCGAAAACGAUGCUUCCUCCAUAUCUCGGAAUUCCCCUCAUUCCAUCCCCAACAUCAAUAUAUCCCACACACGUCCUCGCCAUCGCAAAUACUUCACCGUCGAAUGCAACCGAUACGCAUCUGGUCUUCCCCAUCCAUGCACCCGUCUUGGCUGCUCAUUGCUCUAAACUACCCGCAUUGCCACCCCCCAGCUCCGCGGUCGCACUCAGCGCUCCACCUCCCUGUCCUUCCCCUUGUUCUCCCCUCCGCCCCAGCAUUCGCUGUUCUCCUUCCUUUCCUAUACACACGCCGUCCGGCUCCAGUAAUUGGCUCACUUCUCCCCGUUUCUCCGGCAUUCUUACAGGCAUUAACAAGCCAUAA